AAUAAAUAAAUAAAUUCGAAGUGCGAUAGCUUGAGCGAUCCAUUAACGUCCAUUAAAAUGACACGUCAUUGAAAACAAAACGUUCUACAUGUCAAUCGGUCAUGAUGAACGGCAACGAGACCAACAAGAGCGUACGCUCGAAAGUUAUGCGGAGGAAAUAGAGCAAAGAGAAUUGGAAAUAGCAUGGACGACGGGCGAACAAUCGUCGCGGACGACAUUGAUGGAAGAUAUCAUCGAAAAAAAUAUUGUUAUCAGAUCGGCGGAAGAUACGAAAGAAAAGGACGACGAUUCUCGCUCAUCGUUGGAAGACAUAUGUAGAAUCUGUCACAUGGGUGAUGGCACUUUGUUAGGACUCAACAAGAAUCAAUCGAGGUGUCAUACUGAUGACAAACAAAUUCGAAUACCCACGUUCUCUUCCUGCUCCUAUCUGGGUCCGCUUAUCUCCGCCUGCAAGCGACGUAACAAGGAGGCUUGAACAAUUAUUAUUAUCGAUAUUUUAUAAAUCGAAUUAUUCGAAAAGAAAAUCAAAAAACGAGAAAA